AUGGCCUCUGCUCAAUCCCUUUGCAAAAGUACAUGGAGGGCUGGGCUGGACUGUGUCCCGGCCCUUCAAGAGAAGAGUGUCGGCAGGAAGAGAGUCGCGACAGGCUCUGUGUUCAACGUGCUGUAUGAGCAGGAUGAAGCUGACCUCUCUGCAUCUCAGCUUGCCUGGCUUGGAGCUGGGGACCACGCCUACUUUCUCCAGGGCCAGCUGGAGCAUCCAAGGCCCAUUGAGGCAGAGCUGGAAGUAUCAUCUCCAGAGCUCCCUCCAGCUCCAGAGCCAGAGCAAAGGCCAGCUCCAUGGCUAGAUCCAGCUCCAGCUCUUGUUCCACCACCUAUGCUAGAGCUGGAGCCAGUGUCACCUCCAUCAGUCCCUCCAGGGCCAGAGCCGCCACCAACAUCAGCUCCAGCCCCAGUGCCAGCUCCUGAGCUGGAGCCAGCUGGACCAUUGGCUCCAGGGAGAAUCCUCACUCCACCUGGAGAGAUAACAGCAGAGCCAGAUCCAGUCCCAGAGCCCACCUGCUGCUGGGAUGUGACCAGCAAGAACCUGCUGAGGGAGGAGAAGCCAGACAUCUUGGAGUUCCUUCCCAGGCUGGUGGCAGAGCAGUUGACACUGAUUGAUGUGGUGAACAGCGAAGCGCUCACGGCAGGUGGGGUUGGCCUUCCCUGUGCCAUGAGCUUCCCCACACCUGCCAUUUCUUGAUCCAGAAUCCCAUGAUCUCGGUCCAGCUUCCCUGCUUACCCUCAUGUGACCUGAGCAGCUUUCUUAAGUCCCAAGCCUUUGCUGUCCUCAUGUGGAGAGUAGAGCUGUACACUGAGAGCAGCUGCCAUGCAGAGUGGCUGUGCAGAUGGACGAGGUGGAGC